AUGGAUGACAGCGGACCUCUUUACAAUGUGCGCAUGAAGCGCGGCCAAGGGUACAAUUCCUAUAUUCAAGAAGUCCGAAUCGACAAUGCUGUCACAAUCACCAAAUUCCCAGAAAACCCUGCGCGUGCAAGUGCCUCGAUUAGUGAGGCCGACACGAUCACGGCAGAGCAUACAAGGAGCGAUUCGGUGUCAAAAGCAGCGCCACCGCCACCGCCAAAGCCGGGUCUGGACAUGAAUGACAUCCUUACCACACUGACCGAGAGCUUGAAGAGAACCAGCGCCGAAACACCACAGCAACCGAAACUGCCGUAUCUGCUCAAAUUGGAUCCGAAUGCUCGGCACAACCAAACGGUGACCUUUUCUUCAAAACAGGUCAAGAGUAUUGUUGAAAUGAACAAUGCCAUGGGGUUUAAUGCUUCUGCUGCAAUCAAAGCCACCAGCUUAGGCCCAGGCGCCGACGCUCGCAGCAGUCUUGCAACUCGAGAUGAUCUCAAUACGAACGACGUCAAUUUCCUUGUUCAUGUUAAGGUCGUCAACGAGGCUGAUGAUCGCAAGGAAGAAUGGUCGUUUAACGAAGUUCCAGGCUUGAAUGAAGCCCUUGGAGAUGAGAAGGCGCCAAGCCAGAUGAAGGACGCGCAUGCCAGGAGCGUCGAGUUUACGCGAAUUUAUGGCGACUGUUUCAUAUCGGAUUUCGUCGAGGGGGGUGAGAUAUAUGCCUGGGUAGGCAUCAAGUCACAAGAUCGGAAGAAUUCCAGACAAUUAGCCGUGCAUGCUUCGGCGCAGUUGACCCCCAUGGGUCUACCAGUGCAAGCUUCAGGUGAAAUGGACGCCACACAGGAACGAAAUCGUCUCUUUUCGCAAGCAACAACUUCCAUCCGGAUUCAAUGGCGAGGCGGUGGCCAGAUCAAGAAUCACGACUUCCCCUGGGGAAUGGACAGUCUGAUCCUCAUAGCGAAUGCUUUUCCUUCAAUGGUCGCAGCCAAGCCAGCCAAGAUUCGAGCUGUCUUGACACCGUACACGGCUCUGAAGAGUUUCCACGACCACCGACUGGCGAGUCCUCGCAUACCCUUACCGCUGACUUACGACCAUUGUGCCAUUUAUACUAGCACGCUGUAUGAAGACUUCAUGGCGUUUCAAGACUUGUGCGAGAAGCUGAAUGCAAUGAUCAAAGACCCCCAGGACUACCGGAAUCGGGACGAUGACAAAGCUAAAAUGAACAGCCAGAAGGCUGCUCUGCAGAGUGGUGAUGUUGUUGUUGGUACAAGACGGGAUACCAUCGACUUCACAGCAUCAGAGAUAGAUGACCCAGCACCAGACGCAUGGACGGACAAAAAGACUCGGGCCCUCAUGAACCUCGACGUCAUUAUCAAAGACCCGACUCCCAAACUCACCAACAUGGACCCAGAUCCACAGAAACUAAGCAUGAUGAGGCUUCUCUGUCGCUCUUCAAUGAUCUACAUUCAGGAACAGGCCGCAGCACUAGUCGUGGACCCGGCGAGAUCGAUCACCCAGCACGACCACCAAGGUCGGCACGUGUACAGUCUUCCAAAGUAUAUUUGUCCAGGCGUCAUUCAAAGCAUACUCCCGAUCCCCAAAUUUGACAACAGCGGGAGUGAAUGGCGAGACAAGGAGGUGGCCGACUUGCAAGGCAUGGAGCAUAUAACUAGCGACCCGGUGACUUACUGCUGGGAUGUAAUUGGAGAGCCCUUGUCCCAGUACAAAAGUUACGAACACUUUGCAAUUGGCAAUUUCGACGUCGAUGACGAGGAAGUCCCUCAACGAGUUGCCGUGCAACCUUUUGCAGCCGGGUGGUAUCACAGCCGCCGUGUGAAAGACAGUCACAACGCCAUCAGCGGUAUCGGAUUCGGGUACACAAACAAAAAGUCCCUCUUCCACCGCAGCACCAAAUCAGUCGAAGCCGAGGAGUCCACAGGGGUCAAGAAAUCUAGCGCGGAAGAACGAGCCACAAUGUUCGCCAACAUGUACGUCGGGUCUAAACCCACAGGAGCGCGUUGGAAGCAGAUCGAGGACCGCAACCUCAGCGCCUCCUCGAUCAAUCGUGUCCAUGUCUACUACCGCCCGGGGGCCGGCCGUAUUGCAGGCCUCGAAUUUCUCUCCGACCCUAAUCCCGCAGAUUUUAAUGACGACGCGAAAAGAGUGACGCCGGUGUUCAUUCACAAAGCGUGGGAUCCAGAUGCGAGCGCCGAGAGCAGUUUGACAGCAAAACUGCCCGAGAAGAUGGAGAAACAGGCGCUGUAUCCGGGGGAUAAUGUGUUGGAUGAGAAUAUGGACAAAAAUUGGAUGUUCGCCGGGUUGAUGGGCGCAUUUGAGAGAGUCGGGCUUCCAGGCGCGGGAAGAUUAAAGACUGGGAGGGUGUUGGUGAAAGUUGCGGUCGUGUGGAAGAAGAGGCCUGGGACUUCAUGA